AUGGCGAUCUUGACGAGGUGGUUCAUUGUGAGCAGCCGCCCCGCUUCAUCGACCCUACGCGCCCUCAGCACGUCUGCCUGGCUCCACAAGUCCCUCUAUGGACUCAAGCAGGCGCCCCGCGCGUGGUACCAGCGGUUCGCUCAUCAUGCUCAUCGCCUUGGGUUCGUGGCUUCCCAGAGCGACAUGUCUCUGUUCGUGCUUCAGCGCGGUACCGAGAUGGCCUAUCUGCUCCUCUAUGUCGACGACAUCAUCCUCACCGCCUCGAGCGCCGGGCUUCUACAACACAUCACCGCCCAGCUCCACCGCGAGUUCUCCAUGACCGAUCUCGAGGACUUGUCUUACUUCCUCGGGAUCUCAGUUUCCCGCUCUGCUUCGGGGAUGCUUCUCUCGCAGCACCAGUACGCCAUCGACCCUCUUCAGCGCGCCGGUAUGAUGGACUGCAACCCGUGUGUGACGCCCAUCGACACCCGUUGCAAGCUCUCUGCCGAUGAGGGUGCACUCGUCGCUGACGCUACUGAGUACCGGAGCUUUGCCGGGGCUCUUCAGUACUUGACACUCACCCGCCCCGACAUUGCUCAUGCCGUCGAGCAAGCGUGCCUCUACAUGCACGCUCCUCGGGAUCCCCAUCUCAACCUCGUCAAGCGGAUUCUUCGCUACGUUUGUGGCACCCUCGACCCCGGACUUCAGCUCCACUCCACGCCGGCCUCCUCGCUCACCGCCUACUCCGACGCGGAUUGGGCCGGCUGCCCCGACACACGACGCUCCACCUCAGACUACUGUGUCUAUCUCGGUGACAACCUGGUGUCCUGGUCCACCAAACGCCAGGCCACGGUGUCUCGCUCCAGUGCCGAGGCUGAGUACAGAGCCGUGGCUCAUGCCGUGGCUAUGUGCUGCUGGCUUCGACAGCUUCUUCUUGAGCUUCAGCGUCCCCUUCCGUCCGCGAACGUUGUCUUUUGUGAUAACGUCAGUGCUGUUUACAUGGCAUGUAACCCAGUCCAGCAUCGUCGCACGAAGCACAUCGAGAUCGACAUCCACUUCGUUCACGAGAAGGUGUCUCUCGGUCAGAUUCGGGUUCUUCACGUGCCGUCUUCGCAGCAGUUUGCCGAUAUCAUGACGAAGGGCUUGCCGUCUCACCUCUUCGAGGACUUUUGGUACAGUUUAUGUGUUCGACCGACGCACAAAGUGCGGGGGGAUGUUAAAGUAUGA